GGCGCACUUACGAGGCGAUGCGUCUAGCCCUAACCCUAUUAGGUAUCCUGGAGUGACUUUCGUCGACUUAUCCCGCGCGGCAGAGUGAAGUUUGCUGUUGCCUUCGGGUACUUUUAGUGCUAGCUGUCAAAAUGUCACCUCAUUGUUUUCCAAAAUUUUCCACGCUGACGUUCGUUUUGAAGGGAGGGUGCCGCCGGGUCGUUCCUCACUGUUGCCUACGAUGAGCGGAAACUACGCCACGCCCCCACCUCAGAGCGCCACGCAGGAGACCACACUGGGUCAGAGCAAUGGGUUCGUGGAUGGAUCCUACCCAUGCGGCUCGCUCUUCGGCAUCCCGCUGCGCGUCCACAAGCUCUUCGUCGCCUACAUUGUUAUCGUAAGCGUCCUGGGCUUCAUCCAGGGCGGACUGGAGGGUGACUCGGAGUACGGCUUCAUGCUCUUCCUCGUUAACGGCCCGAUUCUGUUCGGAACCGUCCUCAUUCACGAGCUCGGCCACUGCUGGGCGACGUAUCGGGUCGGGGGCACGGUCGAGGGCAUCCUGCUGUGGCCCCUCGGAGGACUCGCGUUCAUCGGCCACUCGGGCGAGGCGAAGGAGGACUUGUUCGUCUCCGUCGCGGGUCCCCUCACCCACAUCCCGCAGAUGAUCGUGUGGGUCAUCCUUCUCGCCGCGUCCGCGGACGGCGACGCGACGCUCACCUUCAGCGGCGCCUUCUUCGCGGACUUGUGCAGGCACGCCAUCGUCAUCAACCUCUCGCUGUUCCUGUUCAACCUCUUUUGCCCGGCGUACCCGCUGGAUGGCGGGCGUAUUCUCGUCAGCUGCAUGCUCCUCUGCGGCGUGCCCGUCGGAACCACCGCGAACAUCACCGUCGCAGUGUCCGCCGUCUUCGGGCUCCUCAUCGUCUGCCUCGGCGCCGUCUACCUGAACUUCCUGACCAUAUUCGUCGGCGGCUGGGUGUGCAACCAGGCGUGGGAGCUGUACCAGAUCGUCAGGCAAGGGAGGUUGGACCUGCACCCGAUAUUCCACAAGUACGCCAACGACGCGAGGUACUCGGGCAGCGCUGGCUCGGCGGGCAAUAAUGGAAGCAUCUCGAGCGCGCUCGGCGGCAGGGUGUGAUGAACGCCACAUUGAAAGUCUCUGCUGUAAAAUACAAGUUGCGUAAGGUGG